GAUCCUUCUCUUUUUAGCUCCCUUUUUUCGCAUUGUUGUCCGUUUAGCAGAACAUAAAGCAGAAUGGUGUCAGGCGAACCUGAAAAGAAGCGCGUAGCCCAGCCUGCCGACGGUGAUCAUGGAUUUGUCGAGACGAAGAAGGCGCGGCACGAAACGGCAGAGUUUGACGCGCGGGCCUGCUUCCGGCCUGGGCUGUUCGACACAGUGGACGAGCUAACGCAGCAGUUCAGCUCAUCGCAGCCGUACCGGCACGCGUUCAUCGAAAAGUUCUGCGACGAGGAGCUGCUGCGCGGUGUGCGCUCGGAGAUGCUGACGCGUCUGCACUUUACGCUGAAGGAAACGGACAUUCUAAAGUACCACCAGUCGGGGGAUCUGGCGAAUCUGGAUGGGCUCCCGGAGGAGGAGAAGCGGCAGCUGCCACACCUGCAGAAGCUGCGGGACGCGAUCUACUCGCAGGAGUUCCGGGACUUUGUGUCGACAGUAACCGGAUGUGGGCCGCUGUCGGGAUCGCGCACAGACAUGAGCACGAAUCGGUACAAGCAGGGCGACCAUCUGCUGCUGCACGACGACGUGAUCGGCGACCGGCGCGUCUCGUACAUCAUCUAUCUGCCCGAUCCGGAGAUCAACGAUGGGGCAAGCUGGCACGCCGCGGACGGUGGGCACCUGGAGCUGUAUCCGCGCGAAUCGGAUGCAUCGUGGGCGCCAGCAGUCAACCCGACGAAGCGCAUAGCGCCGCAGUGGAACCAGAUUGUGUUUUUCACGGUGUUGCCCGGGCAGAGCCACCACUCGGUAGAGGAGGUGGCAGGACUGGGCAAGGAGCGGCUCAGCAUCCAGGGCUGGUUCCAUUUCCCGCAGCCCGGCGAGCCCGGAUAUGCGACCAACCAGAUGCAGAAGCUGUGGGCGCACGGCGAAGUGUCAACGCUCAGCCAGAUCGAAGCCAAGGCGCAGCGCUCGGCCGUGCAGUCCGGCGAUGCCUUUGCUCCCUACAGCUCACCAGUCGAUGAUAUCACGGAGCUCUCUGACAGCGACCGCACGGUGCUGCAGAAGUACAUGAAUGCAGACUACCUGGGCAAUGAGAUCAUGGCGCAGGUGGCCAACAAAUUCGCUGACGACUCCAGCAUCCAGUUGGCCCAUUUCCUCAACUCUGCCAUAGCCAGUCCUCUGGCCGAGCUGCUGGCACGCAUCGACGAGCACGACGGCAUGAUGGGCUCGCAUAUUCCGCCGCACGGCACCGGCGAGCGCAACCAGUGGCAUGCUGUCGGAUCGCCGGUGGUGCGCCGGUACAUGCGCCUGAAUGCUCCGGCCACGGCCAACACGCCCGAAUCCACCGGGCCCACCGAUGACGGGGCGGUCACUGACACUGAAGACGAAGCGUCGCGGCUGCUGGCGGCAGUGCAGGAGGAGCUGUUUGAUUCGGGAGCGUUUGCGCGCUGGCUCAACCGCAUUACGACGCUAGCGCUUACGGCACGUCGCGGCAUGGUGCGCCGGUUCCGUUCGGGGCUCGACUACACGCUGGGCACCCCCGACGGCUCCACCGGCGUCAUGCUCGACGCGACCCUGGCCCUGGCUGCCAGCCAGGAAAAGUGGGCUGAUGGCGUCAUUGGCGGCUACCAGUGCUACGUUGACGGCGGCGAUGGCGACGAGGCCUCGAAUGACGGCAGCGUGUAUCGCCACACCGAGGAGGACGGCAUUCUGCUCACGACGCCGGCUGCCUGGAACACCCUCAAUCUGGUCAUGCGCGAGCCCAGCGUCGUCAAGUUCAUCAAAUACGUCAGUGCUGCUUCGCCCGGGUCGCGGUGGGACGUGGCAUUCGAGUACAAGGUGCAGGACGAUGACGACGACGAC